CUCUUAAACGUCACGUGAUCAUUCAUCCGCUAAAUUUGGAUUGUGUUUUGUUUCUACUUUUUGUUCCCACCAUGACAACAAAGAGUUUGCAACAGUAAGUAGCUAUGAACCUGCAGUUUGAAGACUCCGAGUUGGCUGAAACAGUUGAGAAGCUUAAGCAGAAAUAUUUGCAGAGGAGGAAACAGUUGCCACCUCCAGAAGACAUUGACAUUACCUCAGCAACCAGUGAUGAGGCAGUUCAAAGGUUGAUUUUGGCCAACAGAUCCAAACGGCCAAGCAAAGAGUUGAAAUGCUACAGCAAAGCUUUGCACGAGCUGUUCAAAGCAGUCACCAACCAUCCUGACCAGUUUGGCAGUGAUCAUGGUCUGCAUGGCAGUAAUGAGGACCUGAGUGGGGACUCUACUGCCGCCCUACUUCAGGAUUCUCCGCUGCAUUUAACAGAUACAGAUGUGACCUUGCCCUCCUGUCUAGAUGGAAGCCCAGGGUCCCACGAAACCGAGACUAACGGUGAAUUGCAGAGAGCUCGCCAACAACGUCCCGUCUCAUGCCGUUCCUCUUCCUUAGUAUUAGCAAAUGUGUACCAGGAGAUGAUGACCAUCUAUGAACAGUUAAAGGCAGAGCGAGAAAGCCAACAGCAGUGGGAGAAGGAGCUGCAGGAAAGAGAGAGGAGGCUCAUGCAACAGGAGGAGGCUGUUGGGAGGCUUGCCGGGCUGGAGGAGAUGCUACACAUUCGUAUACCAGCUGAAGAGGAGAAACACCAGCAGGAGGUGAGCCAGCUGCAGGAACUCCUUCGAGAGAGGAGCAAGGAGAACAGGAGGCUCAAGUCCAGCUUCGACACCAUCAAGGAGCUGAAUGACUGCAUGAAGAAACAGUUGAAUGAGAUUAAUGAACAGAAUAAAAAGUUGGAGAGCCAAUCCAGGAGGGUGCAGGCUCGACUUGAGAACCUGCAGAGGAAAUAUGAGAACGGCACAGCACAGAGAGGCGGUCCAAAAGCGAGUGUUAAGAGCACAGAGUCUUUUAAACCAUCCAAAAAGGAGACGGUUGCAGCCUCCGGAAAGCCCAGCAACCAGCGCAGCUCCAGUCCCACCCAACUAAAGCUCCUGGCCCUUCUGCUGGACUGGGUACUCGAUGGACAGACAUUCUCAUCAGUAGCAGGAAACGAAGGGAAAGUUGUCGGCCAGUGCCUGCCCCCAGAGUUUGUUCUGAAUGAAAGAUGCCUCAAGGUGCUGCCGUUAUUAGCAGAUCAGCUUCAUCACACUUCUUUGUCAGAACCUGACCUUCUCCUCAAGCUUCUAUGCCUCAUCCACUGGGCUCUAAGACACAUGGACAACAGUACACAGCAUUUAGCACUAUCUGCCACCCUGCGGCGGAUUGGAGAGGAACUAUCAAAGCCCCCAGCCCAGUUAACGCUGCCUCAGUCUGAAGACCCAGACCUGCCCAAGCCCCACAGUGGGGCUGCUGGUGGACCCUGCAGGAGCUGGCCCCUUUACCGCAGCCCCUGUCCUCACACACGCAUCCUCUCCAGCCUCAUCAUCCUUCGCACUGUCACACAAGCUGAUGUGCUGGCCCAGGCUCUGGACAUACUCCGUACCGAACUGAUGUCCGAGGAGAGCCGCGGCCUAUUCAUCCGCUAUGGAGGAGUGUGUGUGCUGCUGUCCAUGCUUCAGGCUGGCCGUGGAGGUCUGCACACACCUGUGGACAUCCUCAUGCAGCUAACUGAACAGUCCCGCUACUUAAACCCCUUCAUGGAGGCAUGUAGCAGUAAGGAAUUUUUUCAAACGGCCUCCCAGCUUCUUAAAAACCCUCGUCUGGAGCUCCCAACGCUGGAGAAGAUCUCCAUCCUUCUACAGAAGCUCUCCAACAUCAGGAAGAACCGCCGUCUGUUUGAACGGUCCUCCCUCAACCUCCAAAUACAAGAACUUUAUCACAACGCCAACCAGACGCACACGUUCCUCUGCCUCAACCUUAGGUCCAUCCUCAACAACCUCAAAUAAAACACACACACACACACACACACACUGUGUUUUUGUGCCUCAUGCUCGACCUACGUGGUGUUUCAGUGCUUCAGCACGUCGCUUGGUCUUUCACAUGUGCUCAAACUGUUUUAAGCAUAUUUCAAACAAUGCAUUACUUCACGGUUCCAUCUCGCUCUACCUCAAAUAACACAUGCAGGCCGUUUCUUCAUAUGUAUAGUGUUAUGUUUUUGAAGUUCUUUUGUCUGUCCGAAUUACUUUCUUUAGUGUUGUGUAUGUUUUGCACUUCGUGACUGGUCUGUUAUUUCUGCGAUGGAAACGACUGUCUUGCUUGCCAGUGGCCUUAAUGGGUGUCUGAUGUGCUCAGAGGAAGAGAGGCUGUGACUGUGAAACUCUUUUAAUGACAAUAAACAAAAAGAACUGAAGGACAUUAACAUUAGACUGCCUAUGAAAUGCUAAAAUCCAUAUGUUUUGUAUAAAGUUGUCUUAUUUGUUUAUUCCAGAGCAUGGUUGGGUUGAUGGGAGUAAUGGUCUCAGUAUGGGACACACCGGUUGUGUUGGUUGACGGAGGAGAUUGGACGGACUGGAACAAUUACAGUUGUUAUUUAAAACGUACUCGGAAGUGCUUGGCUGGUUUGAAUUUGAAAAUGGUGCGUCCAAUUUUUAAGGCCCCUACAUCUGAAUUCCUAAAUUAACUGCAUGUUAGUUAUUGUGUUAAACUGGGUUUAGGUCAGGGUCAGAAGAUGGUGAGUUUGAUGAAAG